GCAUUUAAUUAGCGCCGCGUGCCGCCAUUGCUGUGUUUGUGAACGGCGCAAACGUCUGUGCAGUCCGAAGGAGUGGUCUUCUUGACGGCUUUUGUCAACUAUUUUUCACAUCGCGCCAGGCCGAGCCAUGGACGAGGAAAGGCAGGCCGGGGACGGCGAAGAGACACCGAAGUCGCCCAAGGGCCGACCGACGAAAUGGCUCCCGAACCAGCACUACCUGGAGGUGCUGCUCAACAUGGGAAUCAGUCGAAAUGCGGCUGUCAAGGCUCUUUACUACACCGGCAACCAGGGCCCUGACUUUGCGGCUGCUUGGAUUUUCGAGAACAGUGAUGCUGAUCUUGACACUCCUCUUGAGGACAUCGGAUCGCUGGACGAGAGCGACACUGAGGAGGACGACGCCCCGGAGGUGUUCAAGAUGGUGUUUGUGGUGAACAUGGAGCUGGAGAUGGGCAUGGGCAAGAUUGCGGCCCAGGUGGGGCACGCGGCGGUAGGCCUCUACCGGUUUCUGCUGCAGGACGAGCCCAAGUAUGCCAACAUGCUGCUCCUCUGGGAAGACUAUGGGGAGACGAAAAUAGCAUUGCGGGCAGACACCACAGAGCGACUUCUGGAGCUGGAGAAGGAGGCUAAGGCACUGAAUUUGCCGACCUACCUUGUUCAAGAUGCGGGAAGAACACAGGUUCCGGCAGGUUCAAACACAGUGCUAGGCAUCAUGGGACGGCUGGACGUGGUGGACAAGGUCACCGGAGGGCUGCGGCUGCUCUGACGAUGCGGCUGUCCCGCCGUUCCCACUGCCUCGGCUGGGCAACGCCAGCUUCUUCCUGUGAUAAGCGAUGUCGCGCGGGCGGAGUUUCGGGGGAAGGCUGCUGUCGCGCAUCCCCUGGCGCCUAUUUAUUUAUGUUCCUAAUAGCUCGUUUCGGGCCUCUCCUGUUGGGAAGGUAGGAUGGUGGUAAUUGGAAAUGCAUUUGGAACAUUGUGUGUUACUGUAUCCACGCAAACAAUGCACUCUUUUUUUUUUUUUUUAUUAAGUUAUUUUUUGUUAGCGCUACUAAAGCAAGCUCGCUUGAAACGGCGUCUCGGCUAAGACUGAAAGAAAGUCUGCCAAGCCUGUGCGCGCGAGCGCUUGGGACUCGACGUCACGUGCCGCCUCGCUCGCGUGUUAACUUUGGGAAUGCCUUUUUUCACGCAGCUAAGGCUGUUUCUAGCUAGCUGUCCCAGGUGUCACGUGUAUUUUUUUUUUUCAACGAGCUUGUUUUGCCUUAUGAUCUUUGAGAUUGCGUUUCGGUAAGUGUUCUGGUGGAGUUGUGUUCUUUGCUACCUGGUUCUUGUUUUAGUCAAUCUGACAAAAGAAACAAAAAUAAAAUGAAUGAAUGUAUGGUUUUUUAAUUCGGAGAAGCCUUUCCAGUUUUGGUCCUAACUUAUCUUGUAUUACACCACAAGUCUAAAUUGUGAGACUUAGCUAUUAUACAUUUUUUGGCAGAAGGCUGCGAGGGUAAUCGCUCUCAAUCGGUGCAAAAUGUGUAGCCCGCCAGUAACCCAAAUGAGUCUCGUCUUGUGGGUCUUUUAGGUUCUCGUAGCAACGGCCUAGCUGAGCCAGCCUAAAGACGCUUUUGCUUGGGUGCCACUUCCAUAUCGACAAAUGCGUGCAUGCAUAUACUUGGCAUUCUUGCUUCUUCCUCUUUCAUAUCGUGCUCGCUGCUCGAGACUGUAACACACCCUUUAUGCUUUACGGUUCAACAUAUAUACGAGCAACUUGUAUCUUACCACAGCAGCAGCUUAGGGGCACGUUUAGCCCCAAUAACGGAAUGAUGCGCGUUGUCGUAACACAGCUAUUGACGAUCAGGGGGCACUUCAGCGGUGCAGCACAUUUUCAUUUCGUCGGUUUGGACUUUGAUUUUGUGUGAGCACAACGCCUGUGUACUGCAUUCCGUCUCGACACAAUGAUCUCUGUCCAAGGGUAUUUAAUCGUUCAAGAUGUUCAGCUAGGAUUUAGGUGCAAUCUCUCCUUCAGCGGUGUCUGCUGAACUGAGGAAGUUGGCAGAUAGUUGACAGCGAGGAACAAUUUGAAUCCGAAAGCAUUAACUGGUCCCAUGGAGCGAAGCCGGCGUUGCCUGUAGCAGCGAAAAAUGGCACUUAAAUUCCCAUUGGCUGCGGCUCCAUAGCGACGGCGUCAUCGUUGCUGAGGAGCCAGCCAAACUGCUGGCGGCGCAGCGGGCGGGUGGGACGCGGGCUUGCGCUGAUCUGACAUUACGUCUAACGUUAGUUCUAUCAUUACGUUUUAGGUCUAAUGUUGUCAUCCAGUAUGCGCAGUUGUUUGACGUGAGGAGGGGACGCAGGUAUGCGCUGGCCUGACGUUAGGCCUAAUUUUACGCCUAAUGUUACGCUUCGAGUAACGUCGUCAACCGGUACCCUCAGCUAGGGCGACGAUGGUGAGAGGGCACGUGAUUUCAGCACGCGCUGCACUGAGCUUCGCACUCCCACCUCUGCCUCACCCAGCGGUGCAGCAGUCACCAGCGAGCCAGGGCAGUUUGCGCGGUGCACCGCCGCACUCUCUGCCGGUGCUGCGGCCGCUUCUGCUCCUCUCAACGCCAAGAAUGCUUUCGCAUUCACAACUCAUAAGAAGUGCUUAGGUGUCCUUGGAAUUUUUGCAGAGUCUUUCUGCCUUUUAGAUAAUUUUAUCACUGAGUGGGUGCUUUUGGAAUGCCUAACUUUCUAGAAUUCUGUACUGAUGUGCAGUUCUCAUUGAGUGGGGCAUUGAAGUGUGCCUCUUAACCACAAUGUUCACUCGUGUCUUUGGUAUCAACCAUCUAAGAUGAAUUCAGCUUACUUCGUAGGAUCACUACGCGAGAAGCAGAGAGGUCAUGGAGGAGUCCGUUUCGUAUAACUUUGGCGUAAACGGGGCACAUUUCUUUUUUGUCGUCUCGUUUGGCGUGACGGAUGUUUCGUCGCGUGCUAGUAGCGAAAUUGUUUUCGAGCACGAAUCAAAUGCAGGUGUUUAAAACCUUUCACCCGCCAUCGAGCAAGACUUAAAGUGUGCAUGGCAUGAGUUGCAAGGUGGUGCUUGGAAAUGUGGAAUUGUAUUACUUGCAAAGGAACCUGCUGGAAGCUUCAUAAUUACAGCUGAUGUUUUGCCAAGGGACUAUGCUACAGGAUGUGAAUGGCAGGGCAUCUCUUUCGUAUGUUCAGCCUCCGCGGAGGCUUGUUGCCUUGCGUUGUGCUUUGUCUCACACUUAUAUGUAGCUUAAAAACUCUACUCAAGGUAGAGUAUUUAAGCUACGUACAAGUCUGAUCCAAAGUAACGGCGAGGCGAGCCGAGAGGACAUCUUUUCUCUCGCACAAUUGGAGGGAGAGGAAAACCUGUUGUAUGAAGCUUUUUAUUCUUUUUUUUUGUUUCUUUUGCUUUUUUUUUUAACAGUUUGUAACUUGAGAGUACCUUGAAGUAGAGUUACUUUUAUGAGUAUCUACUACUCAGAUACUUUUCAAAUUUUGGUAUUUAGUACUCAGUUACUUUUUAGCCUGAUAUUCAGUAACAUAACUUGGAUACUUUUGCUUAGUAUCUUGUAUACGGUCGACUCAAAGACUUAAAGCGACACAUCCUAUACAGUUAUUCAGUAUCUUGUGCACGCUUGGAGCAUGCACAUGCGGCCAAAGUUUGGCUGCCCGUGCAUGCUCGAAGCAAGCUUGAACAUCAUGCGCUUUGAUGACUUAAUGAAGGUCAGAAGCUCACAUUGGAGGCAAGACAACUGAAGGGCCUCUCUGACAUUCUCGUCCUGGCAGCGACCGUAGUGAGACAUGUAUUGGCUUCCGCCACUCUUGGGCUUCCAGGAGGCUCUUCUUUUAGGUUCUUCCUACCAGCGACGACUUCCUUCAAUGUUUAAAUUGUAUUGUGUCAUGUUAUUGCAGGUUGUUCUUCAUUUUUGGUUUGGGUACUGUGCUGUUCGCAUUUAAAGAAAAUCAAAUACCACACUUUUUGACAGUGGGGACUCUCAGGGUUCAGCAAACACUUUAAAAUGCACAUGAGUAUGACGUUUUGCACCAAAUAACCAAGACCGCCUGCCGCCCGUUACGCCAUUCUUUCGCCUGAUUUACCGUGGAUGAAAGAUUUUAUUAAGGAAGGUACCGAUUACAUUAAAACCUUUAUGUACACCUCUGGAUGUAUAAGAUGCAGAUUUCAUCAAGUUUUAGUUUAUUGAUAUGUGCAGCAG